UCCAAAAUAUAUUACACGUGGUACGAUUUAUGUAAAUGGAUCAACUACUGAAACAGUGGGUGAGAUCUUGCAGUCUCCCGAGUUGAAGAUAUUUAACUUUGCUGAACUAAAAGCAGCUACAAUGGACUUCAGUCAGGAAAAUAUUUUGGCUUCAGGAGGCUUUGGUAAAAUGUACAAGGGGUGGAUCGAUACAGAAUCAUUAAAAGCUGCCUCCCCUGACAAAGGCAUGAUAGUUGCUGUGAAAAUAUUUAACCAAAAUGGGAGUCAAGGUCUCCAAGAAUGGGUGGCAGAAGUCAAGUACCUAGGCCAGCUAUCUCAUCCAAAUAUUGUGAAAUUGAUUGGUUACUGCACAGAGAAGGAUAAUUGGCUUCUGGUGUACGAGUAUAUGCCUAACCACAGCUUGAAGAAUCAUAUAUUUCCAAGUGCUUAUUCUGCUUCUAACAAUCAACCACUUAGUUGGGAUCUCCGUAUAAAAGUUGCCCUUGGUGCUGCCAGGGGUUUAACAUUUCUUCAUGACCAGGCAAAUGUGAUCUUUCGAGAUUUUAAUACAUCUGCAAUUUCACUUGAUCGCAACUUUGAUGCCAAACUUGCUUGUUUUGGGUUGGCAAAGGAUGGACCUAUAGAUGGAAAAACUCAUGUUACUACAAGGGUAAUGGGUACGGAAUGGUAUUUAGCCCCUGAAUACAGCAUUACAGGUCAUCUAACCAAAAGGGGUGAUGUGUAUAGCUUCGGAGUUGUCUUUCUUGAAAUGUUAACCGGCAGGCGAGCCAUGGAAACAGACAAAGAAUCACCAGAGAGAAGUCUAGUUGAAUGGGCAACACCUUACCUUAAAAACAAACGUAGGAUUUUUGGGGUUCUGGAUCCUUGUCUUAAAGGCAAAUCAUGUGAUAUGCAGAAAGCUGCUGAACUUGCAAUGCAAUGCUUGUCGUCAGAACCAAAGCAGAGGCCAAUAAUGGAAGAAGUUGUCAAAGCUUUAGAAGAACUUCACCACAACAUUGUCCCUGUAAAGGCAAAACUUGAGAGAUAACAAGUUUCACUUAUGAAAUUACUGGAAUCAAGCAUAAAGCCAUGUAAAUGAAUUGAUUGUUUUCUUUUCCAAAUAAAUUUGGUUAACAAAUGUCUAU